AUGGGACCGCCGUCGUCUUCUGGUGGAACCGACCUUGGAAUCUCUUCACCCGACACUUCCACUCGAAAUGGAACUGGUGUGAAGCGUGCUGAAGAAUUGUACAAUUUGCAUUUUCAACCUGACAACGGCCGGUUUGUCGGGCGACCUGACGGCCAAGAAUCAGAAUAGAAGCGAGUGCUGCCACGUCGUGACGAUAAAAUCUGGAUGAAUGAAGCAGCGGAGAAACCAUUCGCUACUGCCUCGAGAAGAGCCAAGCGACUGAGCUGUGUGUGGCCCAUGGGCAAAUGUCAGCCGGUCAAGUUCGCCCGAGUCGCUGACUCCCGUUUGCCACGGAUGCCCAACAGUCGUUCCCACUUUGCCCGCCUUCCCUUGUACCCUCUUCACGACAGCUCAUCACUUACUCGUCUCGAACUAGAUCCACCGGUCUGGAAACCGCAAAACGACAUCUUUGAUCCGAUUCCGUGA